AUGUCAGAACGUCUGCAUGGAAUGGGCUGUUGUCACUCGCGUUCUGGAAAGUCUUCAGAACACUCUACCCGCUACCCGUACGAACUAAAGCAAGGUUCCACCAAGCACCAACCCCAAUUCGUUCUGAAGCCGGAUUCUCAGAAGUUGCCCAUUGAGAAGCUGAAGAACGAGAAACGUCGAGAACAGCGUCGGCCGUCGAGAAGCGAUUCUCGAAGUGCGAGGAGUAACGGCUACAGCCAAAUGGAUGUUAGUAGUGAUAGGAACAAUGAAAGCAGCGACGAGAGUAGGGUUAAAGAUGUUACGAAAGGUGUAAACAAGGGAGGGCUUCAGAGACCACAAAGGUUUGUAACCAUCAGUCAUGUGAAUGAUUAACAAUAGUAUAGGAAUCUGUUUUGGGGGAUUCUGGAGGGGAAUUUUGGGUUUAUUUUUAGAUUAGAUUUAAGUUUUAUGUUAUUUUCGGCUAACAUUGAGGUUGUUAUGGCAAAUUAACAGUUUAAUAUUGAUAAAGGUUUAAAAUAACGAAUAUUGGAAAUAAUAUUGUAAGAUGUGAUACGACUGCCUUAAUAUAGCUAAAGAUAUGUAAUACUUGGUAUGCUUAAAAUUUAAUGGAUUUAAUAUCUAAAAUCUUUACAUUUUUAAUUUUAAUCUACAAACACCUUCAGACACAUGCAACGUCAGAUGGCGGAGAUGGACAGAAUGAUGUCGGACCCAUUCGGCAUGAUGAACCAGAUGAUGGGAGGUAUGGGUAUGAUGCGACACCCAAUGCUCCAAAACGGAAACCAACAAAGAGGACGGCAUCAACAGAACGAUGCCAUGGAUAUCUUCGGCGGAUUUGGUGGUGGACUAUUGAGAAUGGGAGGUAACAUGAUGAACGAUCCUAAUAGUAUGGUGUUCUGUCAGAGCACAUGCAUCACCAUGGGACCAGACGGACAACAAAGGGUCGUUCAGAACUCGACCAGAAAAGCUGGAGAUGUGAGGGAGACCAGAAGGUGGGUAAUAUCCAACGUUUUAACUUAAAAGAAAGUUUUUAAUGUUGACGUUUCAGUGUUGACGUAUUUCUUGAACGAAAUUUUGAAAAAUUUGGCUGUUUAUUAGAGGUUUUGAAUUUUAUUAUUGUCAUUUUAGAGAAGUCCGUGACGGUGAGGAAGCCAGAAUCGCUGUAGGUCACCAUAUUGGAGACCGGUCUCACGUAAUUGAAAAGAAACGCGAUCGUGACGGCAGAGUUAGACAGAAUCAGAAGUUUGUUAAUCUGGAUGAAGGUUCGUUUUUUUGGACUGAUAUAGCUAAAGCCACGGCCAGUUUCCCGGCUUUUAAUUUUAAAAUUUACAUGACCUACUUGGAGUAAAAUGACAUUUUAAAGGCAACAUUAUGGUCAAAAUUUUAAAACGCAACUAUUUUUAGAUGAAGCCGAGACCUUCAACCAAGAAUUCAAGAAUAGAGCCACCAGAAACCUGGCUUUUGACCCAUUCGCCAGACAAGGAAGUGACAGAAGAGCCAUCGAAGACGGAUCUUCUGGCCACAGAAACGAUCGUCGUCGUCGAGAAGUGACUCGUGGAGACGGUCCUUCAAGCUCGGCUCCAAUCAUCGAGAUUCCAGACGAUGACGAAGACACCGGCGACAGAAGAAGUCACUCCAGAAGACAACAGGACGGACCCAUCAUUAGAGAACUGUCGGACGAAGAGGCCGAGAUGGAAUCGUCGAAACGGCGCCGCGGCAUGUUUGGCAACAUCUUCAAACACUAA